AUGAAAGUUUGUACGAGACAACUGUGUGCGCCCCCCCAUCAUGUUAUGUUAUCUUCAACUCAUGGGGCGGUUGACAAGCUCGUUUUUGUUCUCUAAUGGUUUAAACUUUGAGCCAGUUGUCUGAAAACCCCCUUCCUCUCUCUCUAACCUCUAUUUCUCUCUCUAAAACAAAAAACGCUGAACCCUAGAACUCGCCCUGUACUUUAAGCAAGAAUUUCAGCAAGGAAUCCAUUGUAUAUUCUCUCUCUAGGAUCGCCGUUGGAAUAUAAUUUGAGGCAAGAAAACCCAUAUCUGCCUGAUAAAAUGACUUCUUCAUGCAAUGUUGGUGCUCUGAGCUUUCUCCCAUUCACCUGUUACAGAAACCCCUUGUCUCCCUCCAAUUUGAAACACCCAACUUUUCUUAACCAGGUGUGGUGCUCAAAAACCAUGUUUCUCUCUCAAAAUCCAUCUUCUCUCACUGCAAAAUGGCUCCAAAGAAGCAAAUCUCCCCCCAAAACUUGUGUAUCAGCCACCUACCUUGACCAAAAAGCAGUCGAAACCCAUAUUUCGGAAUUUGAUUUCAAGGGCUAUAUGAUGGAGAAAGGGAACUCAGUUAAUUUAGCAUUAGACAAAGCUGUUUCCUUGAGAGAACCAGAGAGGAUCCAUGAAGCCAUGCGCUAUUCUCUAUUGGCCGGAGGCAAAAGGGUUCGACCCAUGCUUUGCAUAGCUUCAUGUGAGCUAGUGGGUGGCUCUGAAGAGGCAGCCAUGCCCUCAGCUUGUGCUAUUGAAAUGAUCCAUACCAUGUCUUUGAUUCAUGAUGAUCUCCCAUGUAUGGAUAAUGACGACCUCAGAAGGGGAAAACCUACAAAUCAUAAGGUUUUCGGUGAAGAUGUUGCAGUUUUAGCAGGUGAUGCGCUUUUGGCCUUUGCAUUUGAACACAUAGCAACCUCAACUGUGGGGGUCUCUCCUGUUAUAGUGGUUAGAGUUAUAUCUGAAUUGGCUAAGGCAAUUGGGUCUGAAGGCUUAGUUGCAGGCCAAGUUGUUGAUAUUUUUUCAGCUGGUAAUUCGGAGGUCGGUUUAGAUCAACUUGAAUUCAUUCAUGUUCAUAAGACAGCUGCUCUUUUAGAAGGUUCAGUUGUUAUUGGAACAAUUUUGGGAGGUGGGUCUGAUGAAGAAGUGGAGAAAUUGAGGAAAUAUGCGAGGUGUGUUGGUCUUUUGUUUCAGGUCGUUGAUGAUAUUCUUGAUGUUACAAAAUCUUCGAAGGAAUUGGGCAAAACAGCAGGGAAAGACCUGGUUGCUGACAAAAUUACUUACCCGAAAUUGUUGGGUCUCGAGAAAUCAAGGCAAUUUGCACAGGAUUUGAACAGGGAGGCAAAAGAGCAGCUCCUGGGGUUCAAUCCUGAGAAGGCUGCUCCAUUGGUCUAUUUGGCUAACUACAUUGCAGAUAGAGAGAACUAGGGGUUUAUGGAUUUCUUAGGCAUGGGUUGUGAUUGUUUGUUUUGACUCUUUUUGUUGUUUAGAGUUCAGCAAUUUCUUUUAGAUUUCUGUGUUUUCUCGUUUUUCUUUUUAUUAGAGGAUUCAGUUCUAAGAAAUGGCAAUUAUGUUCAGCAAGAUAGUGGUUAAUUUAUCAAUAGGAUAGGCUGAAAUUGAGUACGGGUUAUACAGUUUAAGCCCGAUUAUGUUAGACGAUAACAAUAUCAUUCUUUGCAUAUGGUUCUUCUGAUUCAACUAGAUCUCUAUCAACUUUUAGAGGCAUGAAGUGUACUGUUAUUAAUGUAGCUAAUAUGCCAUUAAAUCUUUAAAAAGAGCGGAUGGCUUCUCGGGUGUAUCAUUAC